CUUCUUCUCCCACCUGCAACCUCGUCAAGCUGCCAACGCCCCCCCACCCUCCUUCACGACCGUGGCAGGGCUCUGCCGCCGAUCUAGCUACCGAUCCUCUGUUAUAUCAAGGCGUGAGUUGAGGGGCUCCUGAUCUGGAAGGAUUGUACCUCGACAUCUUCGGUACGCGGUUGGGUGAGCCAUGGCGCUCGAGGCUCCAUUGAGGUCGUCCACCGGAAGCAUUAUAUCGUCGUAUUCCCCGCUUGGGGAUAUGUCUAUCCCGUCACCCGACUCCCCUGCAAUCCACCCUCAAUAUAUUGCCAUGUCAGCCAGUGGCUCCGAUAGCCAGUCUCUCCGCCCCAGUUGGCCUAUAAGACCUCAGUCUUCCCACCUCAUGAGCCCAGGCAGUGACCUCGUCGGUCCAUCCCCUGUCACCUCGAACGGUACGGAGACGACUGAGAUCGAGGAUGAAUUCCAGGAGGAGACCGCUCAACAAGACGAUAGCCCGGCUCCCCAAACUCAUCGCAUGAUGCUACGGACCAACAUCCCCGACCAUGUCCGUAAAAGCCUGAGUGAAGAGGUCAUCUCUGUGAUCCACGCUCCGCAGAGCUUCCAGAACUGGAAGUCUCACGACACCCAGUCCAGGGGCACGGCCUCCAGUACGGAACCGAGUGUGGAUGGCACAGUUAGGGGCAAAAUCAGCCCUCCGCCCAGUGAGAACUCUUCUAGGGCUAAGUCACCUCCUAGCAGAGAGCCGCCUCCGAUUGAAACGGACGUACACCCCGUCAGGUUCAGCAUUGAAUCCGCAACGCCGCUGGCCCAGAACCUACAAGACAUUCUGAGCGACCCAUCGAGGAUGCGGUCCAGCAGCGCAAGCAGUCUUGAAUUGAUACCCGAAAGCAGAGAAGGCGAACUUGAAGAAGAUGAUGAGGAUGCGGCCGAAGACGAGGAACUCACCUCGCCAGGCUUUAUAGAAGACGAUGCCGAGAUCAAGGCCCUUAGAACGGCCCUAGAGGAAUGCUGGACGCUCUGCAACACCCUUGCAAGUCUGAGCUCUAUCCACCGCGUACGGGUUUUCAACAGCUCAGGGACUCCGGAUGCCCACGAGAAGGCCUGGAAGAGCUGUUGGAAACUCUGCAAGAGACUCUACAACAGCCAGGACGACAGCUCCGAGUCCUUCCACGUCCGUACGAAUCUUGAUCUGUGCCGGGAUUUCUGCCACGCCCUAUUUGACGUUCGCCAGCGGAAUCACGAUGUCGCUGAUUCCGUCCUGCGAGUCAGCUUUGAGCUAAACAACCAUUUAUACAGUGCCCAGGACAGCCGAAAUCUCCCCGAGGCGUUCCGGGAGAGGACCCUCGACUUCUACAUCACACUAUGCCAUCGAUUGAUGAAGCAGCGCAGCGACUUGGCCGAAGAGACGGACUCGCUUCUGCGCGCUUGCUGGACACUCGCCGAGAUGCUGUUCAGCUUACGGCAGAACAGGAGAGACGGCAAGGCCCCGGACGAGGAGCUUCUGGGCUCAGCCGUGCAGGCGUGCUGGGAUCUCUGCGACAUCUUCAGGGAGGGCUGGACUCAAGUCAGGCCAGAUAGGGGCACACCAAGACCAAGCCAAGUAACCUUUAAUGGAGGCUUCGGCAUCGUUUCCGACGCUCGGUCAAACGCAGGGAGCCGGUCGUCUCUUCACUCGAAACGAGACAGUCUCCGGGGCCUAUCCGAUGCCGAUAGACCCCGAAAGGCACAAGCAAUCAUCCCUGAGACGCCGGUGACCGAGUUCGAGGACACACCCAUCUCCCCAAGUUCGAGCCCACAGGUGCCGAAUAUACUCGUCCUAGGGACACACCCCGAGAUGCGGAGCCAGUCCGGUGGCCGCUGGUCAAGCAGCGCGUCGAAUCUGUCGGGUUAUUCGCAGAGCAGCGCCAAGACUUCCAGCACGGCGACAACGACGGCCCCAUCUGAAGACGUCAACAUGACCCGCAUCAAGGUCCUGAUCCUGAAGGCGGCCAUGAAUAUCGGCUUCAGCCGGGAUACAGCUGCGUCCGACGGGCUAGGAGGCGCCACCUCACUACAGACCUUUGUCAAGAGCCUGCCUACGGGGUCCUUUGGCUCCCUUCCGAGCCACGCCACGCUCCUGCAGAACUACAAGAGCCUGGUGCUUGCAGACUCGACCUUCCGCACAUCGGCCACACUGCCAGUGCGGGGGAAGCGCAUCAACGCCGCCGACGUGGCGAAGAGCGUGGUGUGGAUGACGCUCCGCACCAGCCAGUACGCAUUCCUGAGGGACCUGUUCAAGCUCGUGUUCGGCUUCCAAGUCGAGGAUGCCGAGACGAGGAAGAACGUCACCAUUGCUGUCUAAUCGACUCUCGGCCGCCUUUGGAAUGGCCUUCGGCGUCGUCCCUAGUGGCCUCGAUUUCCCACCUAGUCGAGCAUGCUUCCCCUGAUUAACGGGACUGAACUUACAACGAAGCUGCGUCAACCACAACAUAUAUCACACUAUCUAUUAUAAGCGUUUUUCUGCGUUUUUCUUGUGUCCGCCCAACGUUUGGAUCCAAUGACGCCGGUGGGGA